AUGGACUACACGCCCACGGCGCUGCGCUGCCGCAUUCGUGGCAUGUGCAGCAGCGGCGCCGAUUACCGCACAGAUGUGCCUCCACUGGAGAAGACCGCACCCACAGCACAGCCGCAGCACCCGUGUCGCCGUUUGGAGGUAUACGCCCCCGACCUCCUGGGCUUUGGCGCCAGCGACAAGCCCGUGCUGCCCGGCGGCUACUCGAUUGAGCUCUGGGCGGAGCUUCUCGCCGACUUCACGGCCGAGUUCGUGGGCCCCGACUCGGCGCCGCAGGGCGCAGUACUGGUCGGCAACUCGAUCGGUUCCCUGGUCUGCCUGACGGCCGCGGCCGCAGUGCCAGCAGGGCGCGUCGCCGGGCUCUGCUUCCUCAACUCGGCCGCGGCGAUGAACAACAAGGGCGUCGUGUCGGACUGGCGCAUCGUCCUGGCGCUCCCCAUUUUCUGGCUCAUCGACCUGCUGCUCAGCAUCCGCCCCGUGGCCCAGGCCCUGUUCGGCAACGUGAGGGACCGCGAGGUGCUGGCCAAGGUCCUGCAGAGCAUCUACGGCAACAAGGAGGCGGUUGAUGACGACCUCGUGUCCAUAAUCGCCGCGCCCUCUUACGACGCGGGCGCGCUGGAUGUGUUUGUUUCCGUCAUCACCGGCCCUCCCGGGCCCAAGCCCUGGGACCUCCUCCCGAAGGUCACCGCACCCAUCUUCAUCGCCUGGGGGGACUCGGACCCCUUCACCCCUCUGGACGGCCCCGUGGGCCAGUUUUUCGAGGGCCUGCCCGCGUCGCGGCCCGACACCACCUUCUCACUGCUCCAGGGGGUUGGCCACUGCCCGCAGGACGACCGGCCGGAGCUGCUGCACGAGAAGCUGCUGCCCUGGCUGACUCAGGUCUUUGGCGGGCAGCAGCAGCCGGGGGCGGGCGUGCCGGUGGCCGGGGCGAGCGUCGCAGAUGGAUAG